AUGAACGGCGGCGUCAUCUUCGAGUCCAACGCCCAGCUUCCCUCGGCCCCUGUGCUUAAGCAGGAGCUCAUCACCGAGCACUACGCCAUCAGUGCGAAGCGCUCAUCAAAGAAGGACAAGUGGGUUUCCCCGCUGACAAAGGACGCUGCUGACCGCCGAAGAAUGAAUCGUCCCCCAAAGAUCAACACUGGGUUUCAAGUGGAGCAGCCUCAACUCUCGCCCUACAUGGGGCAGCCUCCCGCUGCGUAUCCAGUGUACGCCAACGGCGGCCCCGUGCCAGGCUACUAUCCCCCCACCGCCGCCGCCGCCCAGCCCGGCGGGUUCUACGUCUACACCCAGCCCGCUCUUGUGCCAGCAGGCCCUCCCGUCGUCCGACAGCAGCAAUUUGAUCCCUCCUCAUACAGCCACCCUGCGGCGCCUCAGUGGGACACGGCCUCGGCUAGCUCGACCACUAGCACGCACAAGCGCAAGCGCAGUGGCUCGUCCAACCUCAAGGAGGAGUUGAGGACACCUCGCAAGAGCUCGGUGCCAUCAUUACCAGACGUCUCAGACUCGCGUUCCUCAAAACGACCCUUGACUGGCGGAUCGCAGUUACCGACGCCGCCGUCGACUGGUGGCAACGUCGCGACUCCCAGCGGGACCAACCCGCUUCUCUCCGAUGACAAGGGUGCCGCCGUUGAACCCAAGCACGGCGUCUACGUCACCACAACCGAGGAAGAGGGCCGCAAGCUUGGCCUCGUCCAGGCUGCGACUGGCGCCGAGGCCGUCGAGGAGAUUCCGGCUCGCGGUCCUCCCAGGACCAAGCGGGCCACGACGCUGUCGAUCAACGCCUCGGGUAUGGCCACGUUGGGCAGCACCGAGGUGCUGCAGUCGGACGUGGCCCUCCUGGACAACAAGCUGGAUGGUCCCUCAACGCCUGUGGUGCCGCAGACCCCAAACGGCAAGAAGGCUCCUCAGACACCCUCUGCCGAUGUCAACGACACUCCACGAACAAAGCAGACCAAGACCGAUCGUCGCCUGGAAGCGUUCAACCCCUCUGCGCGUCCUUCCGAGCCAAUGUUCUCCAUCAAGUUGGACAUGGGCCAGGGCCAGCCGUGCCGUGUUGCGCUUCGCAAGGACCUCGCGCUCGCCUUUGUCGGACUCGACAAGGGCACCAAAGUUGUCGAGGAGACACGCGGCGAGGACCAGGACGGAUGGACGGUGAAUGGCGAACCCGGAUCGAGGCCGCCCAAGCGGCCCGACUGGCCCGACGAGGAGCCCCCCUGGAAGAUUGGAAGCGGCGGACGUCCUGCACGCCAGCUCCGCGAAGAGAAGGAGCGCACGACGCUGCUUCGGCGGUACCUCGAGUCGUCGUCGGACGACGAGGAUGAUGACGAUGGAGCUGCGCGUUUCCCUCAGCACAAGGGCAAGAAUGCGAUCCGUGCGCGUCCUCGUCCGACUGCGACUGGCGCCGCUGCUGCUUGCAACGUGUGGGACAACAACCCCUCGGACGCCCGCGCUGCCCUCUUGUCGGCGCUCAACAAGGGCCGUCGCGCACCUCGUGGUGCUCUCAUCGUCCCGUCCGGUGUCGUUGCCUGUAUCUGCAAGCAGACCGGCCCCACGGGGUCGAUGAUCUCGUGCAGCUCGUGCAAGACUUGGCACCAUCUUGGUUGCGUAGGCCUCGACGAGGUCCAGAUUGCGCCCAACUGGGUAUGCGACCCGUGUGUCGCCCAGGCACGUCGCGCGACUCUCUCGACACCAGCAAGGAGCACACCGUCCGCCUUUGCAUACUCGUCUGCGGCGCGCUCGUCUGCGUUCCGGGGUAACCAGGCUGUCGCCCUGGCGCCCUCGCCCAUGUUUGCCGGCGAGGCCGCUCGUGCGGCUGGCGGUGGUCCGCUCGAGAUGCGCACCCCCAACUCGCCCAGCCGCAGCAGCAGGCAGCGCGGCCGUGUUCUGUCGUACGGCGGCGACCUGUGGGGUAUCAGUGGUGGUGCCGAGGAGCCCAGCACCCCCGUACCCCCGCCUCGCAACCCGGUCGACCACUUCUCCACGCCUCGCGUCGACGACUCGAUCUUUGACGUCAACUCGACGCCGUCGAGGCACCUCGACACGGACCCGCGCAUGGGUGGACAGUUCAGCAGCCUGUUCGCCAUGACGCCGUUGAUGGGCCGGUCGAGGAACACCAACAGCGUCCUCAUCGCCGGCGACACGCCCAUGCAGCCUGCGGGCGCGGGCGGCCACCGCAUCCCCUUCUCGGACGGCAUUGCGUCCCGCCACCAGUUCUUGCAGGGGCUCACCGCCGAGCGGCGCGGUCCCAACACGGAACGUCCCGCGCGUAUGGGUCUCGGCAGCGGGCUCGCCCUCGGCGGCGGUCCGCCCGUCUCGCCCUCGCCGUUCGGCCACAGGCGUAACCACAGCGGGAGCCUGAGCCAUAUCCGCUCGGGCUCGCGCAGUGGCCUUGGGCUGGGCAUGGCCGUCGACGAGGAGGACGAGGAGACCGAGGUCGAGGUGGCCGACGACGCGGUCCGCUUCGGCAGCGACGAGUAG